GUCCUGAAUCCUCCACUUCAUCAUGCCUUAUGUUUUCUUCAUCUACAUGCUGCGACAAGAACCUGCAGGAUGGAAACAGGUUCUCAGAAGAUUUUAGGAAUCUGCAGUUGAUCUCCAGCUGAUCUCCAGCUGAUCUCCAGUUGAUCUGCUGUUGAUCUCCAGCUGAUCUCCAGUUGAUCUCCAGUUGAUCUCCAGUUGAUCUUCUCCAGGUGCUUCAGCAUCAACGUCAGGAUGGCAGCGGCGGCUGAACCAGGUGAACCAGGGAAAGCUCCGACGCUGCAGAAACGGACCAGCAGCUACGAACUCCUGCCUCCAGACAUGUCUGAGCUGAGGGUGGUUCUGCUGGGGAACAGCUGGUCUGAGAGGAGUUCUGUCGCCAACUUCAUCCUGGGAGAAACCCGGUUCCACGCCGAGGAAGAGCCAGAUCGGUGUGUGAGAGUCAGAGGACGGUUGGAGGACAGAGAACUGGUUCUCAUCAACACUCCAGACCUGCUGGUUCUCCACAUCUCUCAACGCAAGUUUACAGAGGUUAUAGAAGACUGUGUGAAGCUCACUGCUCCUGGACCUCAUGUGUUCCUGCUGGUUGUGGAUGCUGAAGGUUUCACGGAGGAGCACAAGGGGAAGCUCUGCAGGGUCCUGCAGCUCUUCAGUGAUCAGUCAUUUGAUCAUUCACUGGUUCUGGUGUCCACACCUGGAGCACAGAGCUCCGGUUGCAUAGAAAAGUGUCUGGAUAAGGUCCACCUGAGAGAGAUCAUCGUGCAGUGCAGAUGCCGACACAUGUGGAAGAACAACCUCCAACGCUCAGAACUGUUGACUAUGUUGACUCAAACCGUCCAGGACAGCGGAGAACAUCUGAGCUGUGACGAUGGAGACGAUGGAGGUUUGACCAUGAAGUCUGAACACAGAGGACCCUCUUUAAACCUGGUUCUGUGUGGGAAGAGAGGAGCAGGGAAAACCUCGGCAGCCAAGGCCAUUUUAGGUCAGAUAGACCUUCGUUCAGUCUCCAACUCACCAGAGUGUGUCCAGAAUCAAGGAGAGGUGUUUGGACGUCGGGUUUCCCUGGUGGAGCUGCCUGCCUUGGGUGGAAAACCUCCAGGGGAAGUGAUGGAGGAAUCAUUCAAGUGUGUCUCCCUGUGUGAACCUGAGGGCGUCCACGCCUUCGUCCUUGUCCUACCUGUGGGUCCACUCACCGAUGACGACAAGAGGGAGCUGCAGACCAUCCAGAACACCUUCAGGUCUCGAGUCAAUGACUUCACCAUGAUUCUGUUCACCGUGGAGUCAGAUCCCACCCAUCCAGAUGUCAUUAACUUUGUGGAAAAGAGCAAAGACAUCCAGGAGCUCCGCCAGAGCUGUGGAGGGAGAUCUCACAUCUUCAACAUUAAGAGUAGGCAGCAGGUCCCAGAACUGCUGGAUGCUGUUGAAAAUAUAAACCAACUCAAAAACUUCUGCAGUUACUCAGCAGAAACAUUCAUGAAGGCCCAAAUAGAAAGAGUCGUACAAGAAGAGAGAGACAUCACUGCACUGAGAGCUGAAGUAAAGAAGCUGGAAGAAGCACAGAUGUAUGAUAAAGAGCAGCAGAGCUCAGACUGUCUCAGGAUCGUUCUGAUUGGGAAGACCGGCUGUGGAAAAAGCUCCUCUGCAAACACCAUUUUAGGAAGAAAAGCGUUUAAAGCUGAAUCAAACCCAACUUCAGUCACCAAACGCUGUCAUAAAGAAGUGGGUGAAGUGGACGGUCGUGCUGUUGCUGUGGUCGACACUCCCGGUCUGUUUGACUCGACUCUGUCACAUGACGAGGUCAACGAGGAAAUCCUGAAGUGCAUCAGUCUUGUGUCUCCAGGACCCCACGUCUUCCUGGUGGUGAUGCAGAUCGGCAGAUUCACCCGCGAGGACAAGGAGACACUCAAACUCAUCAGGGAAGCUUUUGAGAAGAAUGCAGAACAGUUCACCAUCAUCCUUUUUACAUAUGGUGACACAUUAGAACGGGAAGAAAAAUCUGUUGAAGAUUACAUCAGAGGGGGCGAUGAUUCGUUUCAGAAGCUGAUCAAUGACUGUGGAGGAAGGUACCACGUGUUCAAUAACACCGAUAAACACAAUCGUCAACAGGUCAGAGAUCUGAUAAGAAAGAUUGAUGAAAUGUUGAAGAGAAACAAAGGAAACUGCUACACCAAUGAGAUGCUGCAAGAAACUGAAGCAGCGAUAAAGAAGGAGAAGGAGAGAAUCCUGCAGAAGAAGGUGGAAGAAAUACGGAGAGAAAAGGAGGAACUCAAACGAAAACAUGAAGAAGAAAUGCAAGAAAUGAAAAGAAAAAUGGAAGAAGAGAGAGAAAAACUACAACAACAAACUGAGCUGAAACUCAAGGAAAUGAAGGAAAAUAUAAAUAAAGAGCUAGAAGAGAAAAAGAGGGAACAGCAAAAGAGGGAAGAGGACAGGAGGAAAAGGGAACGUAGUGACGAAGAACAUCGCCAGAGUUUGAACAGACAGCUUGAAAUGUUGAACAAACAAAUUCAGUCAGAAAAAGAGGAAAAGAAAAGCGUUAUCAGAGAGCUGGAACAGUCAGAAAAGAGGAGAAAGCAUAAGGAGGAUUUUGAGAAAGAACAUAAAGAAUGGUGGGAAAAACAAAAGAAAGAGGAUGAAGAGAGACGACAGAAGGAGCAGAAACGACUGGAAGAACUUGAGGAACAAUACAAGAAGGAAAAAGAAAUGUAUGAAAAGAAAAUGAAGGAGGAGGAAAAUAUCAGAAGAGAAAAUGAGGAAAAAGAAAAAAAACAAUUAGAAGAAAAACUAGAAAAUCUGCAGAAGAAGUUUGAAGACGAGUUCAGGAAGAGUUUUGAAGAGAAAAAUGAAUUUCAGGAAAAAUAUAAGAAGAAAGUGUCAGAUCAGAAGGAAGCACACAAGAGGGAGGUGAAGGAAAGAAAUGAAAAGUAUGACCUCUUAAAGGCCCUCAAAGAAACGACCGAAAAACAAAAGAGGGAAACCCAUCUAAGAGAAAUCAAUGAGUUGGUAAAGGCUGUUUCAAAGAAACGCAGAAAUCUGACCAAAUUCAAGGAUUUACUGACGAAACAUGAGAGGGAAAUGAAAGAAGUAAAGGAGGAGGAAAAAGAGAAGCUGCAGGAAACUCAUGAAAAUGAAAUGAGUGAAAUGAUAGAAAGGUUUCUUGAUGAGAUAAAGGGAAAACACGAGUGCAGCAUUUCAUGAGAGUUGGGAGAAAGAUCUCUGCAGUGGUCACAAAUAUUCAAGACUCAUACUUGGUUCAACUUCAAAUGUGUCUAAAGUGAGAAAAUCAACCUACGCUCCUCAGAAUGAAAAAUACAUGGAUGAAGGGGAUUUUUAAUUUACCUACAUAUAUAUGUAUAAACAGACAUACCUAUGUAUACAUACCCCAAAGACUAAGAAAUCUAGAAUUAGGGAAGAAUAAUAAAAGAUAAAAAGAAAAUAUAUGCAUAUAUAAAUAAAUGAUAAACUGAAAAAAAGAAAAAAACAUUUAAAAAAGGGAAAAAUCUUUCUAUUUGUUGUGGGUGAAAUAAUCAAUCAUCAAUAAAUGGCAGGCAGAUUCUAUGGAACUUUAUUCCCUGGUCUUCAGUAAAAAUCAGAUUUUAUUUAGCUCUAAAUGUCUCGUAACACGAACCACCAGUCGAUCUACGUUAACAAGCCUAGAGUGUGAAAAAUAUUACUCCAAAAGAAUUGAUAAUUUAGGACAUCUGCAGAACUUAUGACCCAAUGUUGCUGGUCCAAGCAUCUUUCAUCUAUCACAUCUAUCACGUGAAGAAUCUGCUGCAGGAAAUAUUCUAUGAAAUACAAAUACAACAGAGUGAAGAAACAACAGACACGCCCAAUCCCACAGAUAUUAUAAAACACAAAUUCCUGCAUGAGGCAAGAAAACUGGCAACCAACGUUUAUAAUGCAAAUGUAAAAUGUUUGUACAUAUUUAAAUUAUUAGUUUUUUUUUCCUUUUGACUUAAUUACAAUGAUUAAAAAUAAUGCAACACUGGGAUCAUUAGCAUAAACAACACUGGUUCUUGUGUGUUUUCCGUGGCUGAAUCAUGUGUCAGAAGUCUCUUCUAAGGUAGAGUGGCUUUUAAUCGGUGGCUUCGUCACCAGUUACCAAAAUCUGUUGUUUUGGUAAAACUAGGACUUUUAUUGCCCUGAGUCCAGUAUGAAAACUUCAAGUACUUGCAGGUAAAGUAAGAAGUUUUCCUGCAAGACUUAUAAGUUAAUUGCUAUAAAUGUUCAUUUGUUUUGGUUUUUUAAAGAGAUUAAUUAUAUUGUCCGUUCUAUGCAAAACAUUUGAAUGAUUGUUUAUGUUAUUUCUUUAUAAAGCAGUUAUCAAGUUUUUGUGAUUUUGCAUUUUUGAUCAAUUUCUUUGUUUAUUUUUACUAACUUUAUUUUGCAGAUUUUAUGUAGAAAGUCGUUCUGUGAGCGAUAGCAGAGCUCAGUUGUAUCUAGUUAUAAGUGGGUAUAUUUAUAUCAGUGUAUAAAGGUGUGAGGACGUAUUAUUAUUAUUGAUGUUUAUUGAUAUUUAUACAUUGAUUUAGAAAUUAAAUACAUUUUGAUCAUAAUGAAAUAUAGUUUAGUGGGUAGGAUUUAAUAAAUUUUUACUUCUUCCUACUCCUUUUCCAGCAUGUUAAUUAUGGUGGAUGCAUGUUUUUAUAUUUAUAUUUUUGU